AUGGCUGCCCGACUCGCCUCCUCUCUUGCACUGGCAGAGGGAAAGAAGAAGGUAGAUCUCCAUCCAUCGCAAGGUAAGGGCUUGUGGCAAUCUGAAGUCUUUAUGGUUGGGAAACUCCUCACUGCUAGGGAAUUCAAGGUUCGCUCCUUCCUAGGUAUGUUCAGAUCUGCUUGGAGGGUCAAUGGGACGCUGCAAGUUGAAGAAGCUGAAGGAGGUCGGGUUUUGUUCACUUUUUCGGAUCCUACAGACCGAGCUAGGGUUUGGAGGGGUGCGCCAUGGGGGUUUAACCGUGCUCCCGUGGCUUUGGCGGAGUAUGAUGGGGUUAUGCCAAUUGAGAAGGUGCCUUUGGUGAAGUCCUCUUAUUGGAUCACACUGCAGGGUAUUCCACCUGCAUUUAGAUCUGAAAGGGUGAUGACAAUGAUCGGAUAUACUUUGGGAGAUUUUCAGGAGAUUGAUAAGCAGGGGAAGAAGGUUGGCAAGUACCGAAUUCGGGUUGAGAUUCCUCUGAUCAGGCCAUUGUCCUUUCAACGAUGGUAUUGGGUGGAAGACAUGGUGGAGUUUUUGUGCAAAUUCAGGUAUGAUAAGCUGUUUGGGAGGUGUGGAGUGUGUGGGUUGAUCACCCAUGUUGGGCUGCCGUGCUCGGGGCCGGCAUUGAACGAAGAUGAUCGAUAA